GGCUGCUCCAAAAUCUAAAGUAUUCAGUAUCGGGCCUGACUGGCCCAUAUGCUGGGUAACCCAAAAUAGGAUAAUGGUGGCAAUACUUGUUACGUGGCGUUUUCUCAAGCCCCUUAUAAAUUCGUACAUUUUCAUUGAUGAAUUUAUACAAUUUGAUGUAAAUAGAAGUACUGUAAAAGAGUAUGAUACAAAUUCAUAUUCAUAUUUCUCUUACACAUUGCAUCAUGUUUCUCCUCAAGGCAUGGAGAUUAGCAGCUUUUGGGACGUAUGGAUACCUAAACUUCACCAAGGCUGGUUUCAUAGAACAUUCUAAAAACUUUAAAGCCGAAGAUAUGAAAGUAAGAUUGGACGGAAAGAACUGUAUUGUUACUGGAGCGAAUACUGGCAUUGGGUUUGCAACUGCUCAGGACCUUGCUUCAAGAGGAGCGUCUGUCUACUUGCUGUGCCGUAGUAAAGAAAGAGGAGAAGUUGCUCUUUCUAAAAUCCAAACUGAAACCGGAAACCAGAAUGUUUACUUGGAGAUAUGUGAUCUAUCUUCUUUGAGUGAAAUCAAGUCGGUCAGUGCAAAAUUUGCUUCAAAGGGUACCCCUCUUCACGUUUUGGUCAAUAAUGCUGGCAUUCUUGAAAAUAAUCGUAUCACAGCUUCUGAAGGCUUUGAGCUAAAUUUUGCUGUAAACGUAUUGGGAACUUAUGCCAUGACAGAGUUGAUGUUGCCUCUAUUAGAGAAGGCUGCACCUGAUGCACGAGUGAUUACAGUUUCUUCUGGUGGGAUGUACACUUCUCCUCUGACAAAAGAUUUGCAGAUCAGUGAAGAAAAAAUUGAUGGGGUGAUGCAGUACGCUCGAAACAAGCGAGUUCAGGUUGCAUUAACAGAAUACUGGGCUGAAAAGUACAAGGAUAAGAACAUUGGAUUCUAUACAAUGCAUCCAGGUUGGGCCGAGACACCCGGAGUUGCAAAAAGUUUGCCAAGUUUUUCAGAAAAGUUAUCUGGGAAACUUCGAACAUGGGAAGAAGGUGCUGAUACCAUAAUAUGGUUGGCUUUACAACCCAAAGAGAAAUUGGUCUCUGGUGGAUUCUACUUUGACAGAGCUGCAGCACCUAAGCACUUGCCAUUUGCAGCUACUGCUGGAUCUCAUUCUAUUAUUGAUUCAAUCGUUGAGAACCUUCGCUCUUUGUCCGGAAAUCCAUCAUAAUUCAAAUAAUUGUGUGCGCGAGCAUGUGUAUUCAUUUCCUGUAUAGACCAAGAAGUUGCAUGUACAAUACAGUCUCUUUUUUUUUCCUAAUCGGCUCUUUGUACGCUUGAUCUGUGUAGGUUUAUGGUCUAACAAAUAUUCAAACCAUAAUGAUGUAUACAUAUUGACUAUUGAGUUUAUAAUAAGAUAAUGUUACUCCCUUCGUUCC